AUGGUCGAAGACAAUCAUUGGUGGAAAUUCCCAUGCCCCCCCCCCCCCCCCCUCUCUUUGUUCAAGUCACCGAAACUUGGACACCGCUCAAUCAAGGUAUUCGGCGCUUUACUCUACCGGAUUCGGUGCUCACCUAUUCAGCCAUUGAUGCACAUAGCCAGGGGUGAAUCGCCCGAGCUUUGCUGCUGUACAAAAGGAAAGGAUUCGCCUGUCUGCGCGGGACUCACAUCUAUACUGCAGACGAUAACUGCACUUCAUCUCAGUUUUUCAGGCUAUGCAUUGAUUACAAGUGACCCUAUAUUUGGAAGAUACUAUAUCAAGAUGGUCAAAUUCGACAUCUACGGCCGAGGCCGGUCACUUCGAGUGGCGAUUAUGUUUACGUGCCAGCUAGCGUUUAUAUUUUUUGGUGCGUCGGAUGAGAAUGCUCCCCUACCAGACUUGCCUAACGUUUCCUUAGGGUACGAUCAAGGCGUCUUCUCCGGCAUUGUGGGCAACGAUGAUUUCCUCGAAAUAGUCCGUCAUCCUAGCCCGGGUAUCCUCGGAAUUAUCGUAUCAAUCUACAAUCUCGGCUGUUUCACCGGAACGAUUUUAUCCUUUGCUUCUAGUGAUAAGAUGGGGCCGCGGAACUCGAUGUGGUUCGCCAUGGCAUGGAUCAUUGUCGGGGCCAUACUUCAAACCACCGCGUUUUCGAGGACACAACUGCUUGUUGCACGCUUUGUCACCGGGAUCGGGACUGGGAUUGAGACCACUGUUGUGCCGAUGUACCAGUCUGAGUUGUGUGAGGCUAAGAAGCGCGGGAAAUACGUGUGCAGCGAGGCGUUGUUUGUCGGUGUGGGGAUUGUGAUUGCAUACUGGUUUGACUAUGGGAUGAGCUAUGUGGGAGGUGCCAUCAGUUGGCGUCUUCCUGUGGCCUGCCAAAUGAUUUUUGCCAUCAUGGUCAUCAUUUUAGUAUUUGGUCUUCCUGAGAGCCCUCGAUGGCUCUUUCGUCAUAGUAGACCGGAUGAGGCUCUUCAGGUUCUGUGUGAUAUCUAUGGCAUGGGCCUUGAUGAUUCCAAGGUCGUGUCAGAAUCUGAGGGCAUCAUCCAGGCUAUUGAACUGGAAACUAUGCAUGGUGAAUACAAAUGGUCGCAAAUAUUCAAGCGGGAUGAGGUGCAGACAGGCAAGCGGGUGUUGUUGGCUUAUGGAAUGCAGUUCAUGAAUCAGAUGGGUGGUAUCAACCUGGUGGUGUACUAUGUGACAUCCGUCCUUGAGUACAAUGUUGGUUUAUCAAGAAAACUGAGCCUUCUUCUCGGAGGAGUCAUUCAGAUCAUGUUCGUAAUCGGCUCAAUCUACCCAACAUUCUUCUCCGAUCGAUUCGGCCGCCGCAAGCCUAUGAUGUGGGGGUCUUUCGGGCUGUUCAUUUCUAUGAUGAUGAUUUCGAUCCUGCUCUCGUUCAAAGGUAUCGCUUUCCAGCAUAAUCUCGAGGGCCUCAAGACAUUAAACUGCAUAGGGACAUCCGUCGAAAAGCCAACCGCCACAGCAUCAGUUGCCUUCUUCUUUCUGUUCAUGCUUAUCUUUGGUGCUUCGGUCAAUUGCCAUGGGUAUACGGACCAGAAAUCUUGCCUCUACAUGUGCGCGCAAAAGGGUAACCAAGCGAUCGGUGUCUCCGCCAACUGGCUUUGGAACUUCUUUGUGGUCAUGAUCACACCAACACUUAUUGAAGAUCUAGCGUGGAAAGGUUACCUGAUAUUUAUGUGUCUGAACUUGGUUUUUGUACCGAUUGUUUAUUUCUUCUAUCCCGAGACAGCAAAUUUGACGCUCGAGGAGAUCGACUUCCUAUUUACAGACGGAGGCAGGCCUUCCCCGCCAUCUGGCCUUGGCACUGGAAGUGUUGCAAAUGAAGUUAAGAGUGAACACACCGGGAGUGUGAGCGUUGAUGAAGGGAGGGAGAAGCAAUGA